AUGAACGGCUUCGGUUCUCCUUAUGGCCAGCCGGCUCCGGUUUGGCAGGAGCACCAUACACCUGAUGGACGAGCCUAUUACUACAAUGCGACGACGAAGGUGACGCAAUGGACGAAGCCAGAGGAUAUGAUGAGUCCGGCCGAGCGCGCUCUCGCGAACCAGCCAUGGAAGGAGUACACUGCAGAGGGAGGACGGAAAUAUUGGUAUAACACUGAGACAAAACAGAGCUCCUGGGAGAUGCCUGAUGUUUACAAAACAGCCCUCGGCGCAACAAGCAAGCCUGCCACUCCGGCUGCUGCGACUCCUUUCACGCCUCCUGCUAGCGGCGGAGGUUACUCCCAGACACCCUACGAUCAGCAUCGUGAUCAGCGUGACACAUAUCCUGAAUCUCGUCAAAUCACAUACGGAAACGAUCCCAAAGUCCAGGCUUUUGUACCCGCCACAAACGAUCCUGAAUACGCGACCGCCGAAGAGGCCGAAGCCGCCUUUGCUAAGCUCCUUCGACGAAGUGGAGUUCAACCGGACUGGACUUGGGAACAGACAAUUAGAGCCACUGCGCGGGAUCCUCAGUUCCGUGCCAUCAAGGAUCCCAAGGACCGCAAGGCCGCUUUCGAUAAGUAUUGCCAGGACGUGGUGAUCCAGGAUAAGGAGCGAGCUAAAGAGAGGCUGGCCAAACUCCGUGCUGACUUUGAGACUAUGCUCAAAAGGCAUCCCGAGAUCACUCAUUAUACCCGCUGGAAGACUGCGCGUCCCAUCAUAGAAGGCGAAACCAUCUUCCGCUCUACUAACAACGAGGAGGAGCGCCGUCAGCUUUUCGCAGAGUAUAUCAUCGGCCUGAAGAAGGCACACGCUGAGCAGCAGACAACUCUCAGGAAGAACGCCAUGGAUGGACUUAUUGACCUGCUUCCCAAGCUCAACCUAGAGCCUUACACUCGAUGGGCUGAUGCUCAAGGUAUCAUUUCAUCUACCCCGCCUUUCCAAAAUGACGAAAAGUACCAGGCUCUUACCAAGUUUGACAUCUUGACUGCUUUCCAAAACCACAUGAAGGCUCUGGAGCGCAGGUUCAACGACACGAAGCAAGAGGAGAAGAACAAGAAGUUUCGUAAGGAGCGGAAGGCACGCGAUGCUUUCAAAUCACUUCUCAGCGAACUUCGCCGCAACGGUAAAAUCAAUGCUGGAACAAAAUGGAGCCAGAUCGUUCCCUUGAUCGAGAACGAUGCCCGCUACACCGACGCCGUCGGCCAGAGUGGUUCGACCCCUCAAGAAAUGUUCUGGGACGUUAUUGAGGAGGAGGAACGUGGUCUGCGUGGACCUAGAAACGAUGUUCUUGAUGUUCUCGAAGACAAGCGGUUUGAUCUCACACCUACUAGCAAUUUUGAAGAGUUUCUCUCCAUCAUGAAGGAUGACCGACGGACUGCUAACAUUGAACCGGAUAUUCUCAAACUUGUUUUUGACCGACUUCGCGAGAAACGCUCGUCCAGGCGAGACGACGAUCGACAGUCUGAACGUCAACAACGAAGGGCCGUCGAUGAUUUGCGCGCGUAUAUGAAGCGUAUGGAGCCUCCUAUUGCCCUCAGUGAUACGUAUGACAAGGUACGACCUCGACUCUUGAAAUCAGAUGAGUUCCAGGCCAUCGCAUCUGAAGAUGCUCGACGAAAUGCGUUCGACAAGCACAUCCGCCGUCUGCGAGAGAAGGACGAUGAAGCGGACCGAAGCUACAGACGACGUGAUCGUAUGUCUAGCGAAAGAGACUUGCAUCGCCGUGAGCGCGACCGAUCCAGAGGUGAGCGAUCUCAUCGUAGUGGUGGACGUGGUUCUCGACGAAGUCGCAGUCCGGAGCCAGAUGCCUACGAAGCGGACCGACGCAAGGCUAUCGCCGAGCGAGAGCGAAACCACCGAAAGUCCACAAUGGCCGAAGGGCUUUUGGGGUCAGACCGGAGUCGGCUUUCGUCUCCGCCUCGCCGUGAGCGAGAACGAGAUCGUGACCGGGAGCGCGAGCGCGAGCGUGAUCGUGAUAGGGAACGCGACCGAGACUACGAUCGACCCUCCCGAUCGCGUCGUGAUGACGACAGCUACUAUGAACGCGAACGAAGGGACCGGGAAGAUGAGCGGGAGAGGUCCUAUCGCCGCCGCAUUGAUCGCGGAUCACACGAGGAACUCAACUAUGGAGACGAGCGACCCUCCGGUUCCCGACGCCGUCGACCCGAUGACGAAGACGAAAAUGCUCCCCGUGAUUCACGCGAUGCCAAGAGGGUUAAGAGAGAGCGAUCUCGAGAGCGAACGCCACCUCGUGCUGAAGAACGUCCUCGUAAGAAAACCCCACCUCCUGCAACUAAGGAUGUUCAUUCGGGAAGCGAGGAGGGUGAGAUUGAGGAGGAUUAG